GAGAGGCUGAAGAUUCCCCGGCGCCUCCAGCGAAGGAGGCAGCUGUUGAUGCUGACUCUGACCCCGAGGGCGCAGCUUUCGACGCGGAGCUCAAGGAAUUGUUGGCGAAGAAGGAGGCGGCGAAGACAGAGGAGGAUUUCGACAAGGCCCAGGAUCUCAAAGAGAAGGCCGAUGAGUUGAAGGUGAAGGAAGUCGCGCGGCUCAAGGCUCGGAAGGAUGAGGCGCUCAAGGAGGAGAAAUAUUUGGAGGCCAAGGCCAUCAAGUUGCGGAUUGAGAAGCUGGAGCUAUGAGUCAGGCCACAUUUUCGCAGGUGCGAGUCUGCCUUUUGAGGGUCCCACGUAUCAAGAAGACGCGGGAUGACAUUGGAUUGCA